AUUAGGUUAAUCACCAUGGUGCUAAAUCAGGCGCAGAACAUGAAGGAAGAACAAGAUUACAGAGUUGAGGUAAGCGCGGGAGCUUAUUGGAAACCACUCCCAGCGACAAGAAUCUAUGAAGCUACAGUACCAUUGACAUAUGAAACGGAAUGGACCGAGGAUACCGAUGACCACACGAUGGAUGUAGGAAAUCUCAAAUGCAGCCAAUUGCAAACGAACGAAUGCUUCGUAAUAAAUAGUAUAAAUGGACUAAAUAAAGCAUUCUUCAAAGAAUUAACUUUACUUAACGAACACUGGGGCAUAGCACCACUAAGAAACAACGAACCAUCUAAGAGAGAGAAGAGGUCUCUAGACUUUAUAGGCUCAGGAUUAUCAUGGUGUUGCGGAGUGGCAACAUUGCAAAAACUAAAUAUGGUCGAAAACUCAGAUGACGAGAUCAGGAAAAGGCUAGACACAAUGUCACAAGGACUGUCCGAUACCGUAAAACAAAUGAGCGAAAACUCCAAACACUUUCAAGACUAUGAGAAAUUAGUCGCAGCAACGUUCUCGGACACGGAGCUAAGGAUAAAGAGCAUAGAGAGGUUCACUAAACAACUGGAAAAUAAGGUGGCAAAUAUGACAAACGAACAGGAAUUACUAAUAAUGACAAACCUCUAUAACGGAUAUCUAAACCUAAAAAGGAUGGUAUUACUAGUAAGGACUCUCAGGAGACAGGCUAUCGUAAAUUCAUGUAGACACCAUAAAAUACCGGCGGAAAUUGUCAACCCGCAAGUCCUAAAAAAGGAUCUGGAGGAUUUCGAGUCAAAAAUCGCAAAUUCAGAACAAGGACUGGCCAUCCCUACAUCUGAACUAGCAGCAUACUUCGAAAUGCCCAUAUGUGACUGUUCCUUUACAAAAUCAAGUAUAUAUGUUCACAUAAAAAUUCCAAUAAUUAAGAAAAACAGAAAUUGGCAACUACUAGAGUUAAUAACCACACCCUUUGCUUGGUAUAACCAGACCUGUAUUAUACGCCACCAACCGCUAUACAUUGCAGUGUCCAAAAACGGAAAUAACGAGGGCGACUUAAGACAAAUAUCGGGGACAGGCCUACACGAAUGUAAGCCAUACCAAAAUAAAUUAUGCUAUUUACCCAGAUUCUCAGCAGACAUCCUACAAGGGCCUGAAUGUGCGAAAAUCCUAUAUCAAGGGGCAACAGUAAAAGAACUAAGCCAAUACUGCCCAAUGGACUGCCACUCAGCAACAUCGAUGACAAUAUCCGAAAUUAAAGACGAAACUUAUGUCAUUACCCACCCGAAACAGGACAUGACCAUCUCUUGUGAUAAAAGUAAGCCUCAGAAAUUAGACACGACAUUAGCACGUCAAGGCUCUAUCAAAAUUUUCCUCCCAUGCAAAUGCCACCUCAGCGUAGGCAAUGCAGUUAUUAUACCUGAAAAUUUCCCUUGUCCAGAAAACAUCACUACCAAUGCAAUAGUAACCCACAUAAUACCUGCAACCUGGUCAAAUCUAAAUUCCUAUAUCCUCAAUCCCAACAUUAUUAGUACCCCACCACUCUACAAAAACAUUUCCGAAUGCCUAAAUACAAAUUGGACACUAGAGAUACCCCAUCUUAACCUCACAUCCAGCGAUAACACCUUAAAAAACAUUCUAAAAUCAGUAGAGAAAAACUAUCCAAAUGUAAUCACUUAUGGUGAUACACAUAGCUUUCACGGGGACUCAUUUUUUCUAAUUUGGAACAUAACCAUUUCAAUCUUGGUAGCAUACAUCCUAAUUAAACAAAAUAGAAUAGCAAUAGUAGCGGCAGUUCCACAAAUACGUGGAGAAAUAGACUGUCAUGAAAAAAGCUCCUCAACAAGUGUUAAUCACGAGGCUCUCUAUAUAAUAAUUUACACUUCAUGUUUACUUUUCCUUCUAUUCUUAUUUACUUAUAUUUUAUAUAUAACGCUCAGAUACUUCAAAAACAAACCAAAAAAUUCAACUACAACCCAAAAUCCCAUGUCCAUUAGAAAUGCAAAAACAUUUGACGAAACAAUAUUAUACCCAAUCCCCGACCCAGGCAAUGACCCCGAACCGAGCGUCGAACCAAACGCCAUGUCAAGGUUCCGGCUAGAUAUAAAAAAUAGUGCUAGCCUUUUAUCACUGUCCCCUGGUAAAAAAGUAGAUGCUAGUAUAGAACGCAUCGAAAUAGAAUAAUUACUUAUUAUUUUACGCAAGCUUGCAUAUAGUUAGUAUAUACUGGGGCCCCUCUGAAGAUGAUACAUUUCACCAUGUUAUUUAAGCCUUAAUUGUAGUCAUGACAAUCUAAACAAUUUAAGGAUAAAUAUCAUAGUAAUUUGCAAAUCACAUCAGAAAACGUAUAAAUAAUUUUGAUUUACGCGCGUAUAUACAUAUUCGAAAUGAAAUUUAUUGAAAUAAUAAUAUAUUAAAAUGAGAUGAUAAUGGGGAAAUAUUAUAAAUAUAUCGCCGGUAGGCGAGGGACAGCGAGCCUAAGGCACAUAAAUAUUUAAGUAGAAGCUAAAAAGAAAACAUAUUAUUAAAAAUAAUGUAAAAGAAAGGGUCUAAUUAAUAAUCUAUAAAAGUUAAAAAGACAUACAUAAAUAAAAGUUAUUUAGAAGAGAGGGGAUAAACAAUUAAUGAAUAAAAAAUAUAUUUUUUUUGGGUUUUCUAUAAAUAAAACACUUUGUUAUCUAAACUCGAAAUACAAGAAACUUCAAAAGAUCUGAGACAAAGGAAAAUUAAUAAAAUUUGAUUAUGAGUCAAAUUAUCCUAAAAUAUAUAAUACAAAAACUGCGAGGAAGUCAACAAUUUCUCAAGAUAUGAUAUAAAGAUUUAACAUGAAAUCAAAAUGAUUAAAUAUAAAACCAUUAAGCACCAUAUAAUAGCACAUACUUACACUUUGUUCUUUCUUUACAUAUAAACAUACCAUGAGAUGCCACACGUACAAAUUCGACCUGAACAGAAAAUAAGGGUACGCUCCUACCAGAACCACAGAAAGUAGCCGAUGGAACCAGAACCAGAGCCAAACAGGAACACCCCACAUCCGCGCACUGCCUUGUUGUCAGUCCUGACCAUCCCAAUCGCAGACAGGGUGAUGCCAGAGCCAUGGCCAUCCCAGGACAAGCUAAGUUACCACUGCGCCAAUGGUCAAAGUCCAAACUUGCCCGAACUCACGACGCUACCAGCAGCGGGUUGAAGUGUUCAACCUAUGAUCUCCAGUAGGGGAUGCCAACAUUACGAAUCAUGGAUUCAGCUGAAGAUACGGCAGGGGCCAUCCAUAAAACACAGUUCCAGGAAACCGACGGCGUUGAAGGACUGGUACAAAACAAGGGAGAAGUCAGGCAUACAAGGGGGUGUCAUGUGAUGUCGCAAGGGUUGCCAACGGACGAAUGGAGGCGUCAAACCCGUAGGCGUUCCAGAAGAGGAGUCAGACAUACAUGGGUGAAGGUGUCCUAGGACGACACAUGGAGGCGUCAAACCUGUAGGCGUCCCAGACGAGGGGCAGGCGACAACGCUAUGAACGUCGCCACCUUACCCGGCGACCGGACCCGGAUGCUGAAGACAUUUUGUGUUCAGAGACUACGUAGUAUUAAAAAAUGUGGACAUCAAAAGCGAUAGUUACAUUAAUUGUAGUUAAAAUUUAAUGAAUAAUAAGGGUUCAGCUCUAAUUAAUUAUACGUUAUUUAGGUACAUCGUUGUUCUGAUCUUACUAAUUGUAAAUUUUUUUUUUUUUCUUCUGGGUCUUCUUCGAUCAUGAUUUCGAUUGUUAACAAUAAAGCUGGAGGCCAGCUUUUCUAUGCCCGGGGGAUAUGUCAAACGAAGAUAAUUCAUUAAAAAACAUUUUAAAUUUUAUUUUAUUAAUAUAAAAAUCACUUAAAAAUAUUCGUUCGGUAUACCAGGUCAUUUACCCACAAAUUGUGUAAGUAACAAUUUCCUGAUUGCAUGAUAAAAUAACCAAGUCAUUUCCAUCGUAAAAAGAUUGCAAAAGUACUUUGUCGACAGAACGAUGGUUUGGAAAAAACCGGAAAUUCUGCUGACAAAGAAAAUUAACACCAGGGUACGACGAACGAAAUUUGGCAGGGUUACGACCGGGUCUCGGGCAAGAAGAGGUAACCGAAAGCAGUGCGGAAAAGCUUUGUGAAAUGUUUGCUCCAAGAAUAAUAAUAAUGUAAGUACAACAUUUUAUCAUAUCGAAGAAGAUCACAAUUAUUGUCACUUUAUUAAGUUACGUAAUAUUACUUUCACUUUAAUUAUAGAAUUCGCUACAUAUUCCCAUGUACUUAAAUUAUUAAUCCUGUUAUGUCGAUCUUAGUUUAUCUCUUGUCAAAUUAGCUCUUUUAUUUGGGUAACUCUACUUAAAUCGUUAUAAUUAUAUUUUGCUGUCAAUACAAGGUAUUUAGUAAACUA